AUGUCAGGACCAUCUCCUCGACAGUCGGUUGAAUCUCCUGGGGCUGGAUCUCCUGCUGCUGCACUUGCACCUACUGGAAUCAAGAAUCGUGCUAUCUCGGUCGCACCAGGACCUGUCUCACCAGCCACAACCGGUCCCCACAGCCACAGAACGCCACUCUCCAUCAAGCCGAGUGGGCAGCCACCUCCACCCACACAACCUCAGCAGCGAACUGCUCUUCCCUCCAUCAACAAGAUGUCCAUGUCGUCCGUAAUCAGCCCCAGUCCGGCUCCCCCGGAGCCUCCUAAGGUGUCCAUGACUUCUAAAGAAUGGGUGAUUCCUCCAAGGCCCAAGCCUGGCAGGAAGCCUGCUACCGAUACACCACCCACUAAGCGCAAGGCUCAAAACCGCGCAGCUCAAAGGGCUUUCAGAGAGAGGAGGGCUGCUCGGGUUGGAGAACUCGAGGAACAACUUGAUCAGCAACGUGAGGUUCAAGAAAAACAUGAGUCAGAACUCAAGGACAAGAUCCACGAACUUGAACUUGAUGUCCAGUCCUUCCGGUCUCGAUGCUUGCUACUUGAAAACAUGCUUGACCGCGAGAGACAGGAUCGUAUCCGGGUUGAAACAGAAGCUGAGACUCUUAAACGUCGACUUGAUGAAGGAGUAUUUAACUCGAACUUCCAAUCCCGAAGCAUGAGUUCUCAGCACCCUUUUGAGGGACUUCACAGUCCUACCAGCCAACCACCAAGACACAGUCUUCCCGACGGAAGACCCGAUCGUCAAUCAGGCCACUCCUUUUCCAUCUCACAGAUCAUUUCCCCUCCAGAGACACUCGACAUAAACCCGCAUGAUACCGAGACUACCAUUACCUGUGGCAACUGUUCUCCCAAUGGACCUUGUGCCUGUGCUGAAGAGGUGAUGAAUUCCGCCGUCAACGGCUGUGGCAAGUGCACUCUCACCUCGAACUGUCAAUGUCUUGACGAUGCAGCUGAGGCUUUGAAUCAAUCUCAGGCCCUCAAGCGUCCCGUCUCACCGUCAGCAGAUGUAUCUUAUGAGAAGAGGCAUCGCUCUAGUUCUGGCCAAGAUGCUGUGGAGACUGACUAUACAGCUAUGUUCUCCCGCAAGGCUACACAGGAAGCUUUCUCUACUCCUUCUCAACUACCCUCCAUGGAUUCCAUGCCAUUCAGAGAUGGAUGCGGCUUCUGUAGCGAGGGUACAUACUGUGCCUGCGCCGAUGCUGCGCUGGCAACUCCUGCUAUGACUCCCAACGAUACCCUUCCUCCCAUCUCUCAACAGGUCCAGACCCCUCCUCCUGAAGAAAAUGAUCUCCCUAUGCUUGCUAUGGAGAUGACCGCCGAUGGAGCCGUGAAGCUCCCCCGCCGUACACAGAAUAAACCCGCAGAGCGUCGAGGUUGUGGCCCUAACGGACCUGGCUCUUGCGCUCAAUGUCAAGCCGAUCCUAAGUCUGGACUCUUUUGUCGUCUUAUGGCCGCCAACUUUAACCGCAAAGACGGUAGUUCUGGUUGCUGUGGUGGCAAGGGUGCUGGUGGCGGCUGCUGCAAGUCCCAGCCCAAACAGCCUCAGCAACCGGAGAAGAUCAACCUCCCAAGCCUGCCCAGUCUAGGCUUGAGCUGUGCCGAGGCAUACCAAACACUAUCCAGCCAUCGCAACUUUUCCAAGGCUGCGGAUGAUAUUGGCUCUUGGCUACCCAAACUCAAGGCAACUCCGAGACCUGGUACUCGACCAGCACCCCCUGGUGCAAUGAUGCCUAUCGAGGUUGAAGCAGCGAGUAUAAUGAGUGUCUUGAAGGAUUUUGAUGUUCGGUUUGGAAGAGGAAUUUAA